AUGCCUAAAAGCGAAGUGAAAAACGUGAAGAGAGAGAAUUCGGAAGAGGAGGUAGACGACGGCGACGGCGACGGCGACGACGACGACCUGUGCAUAGCGUCGCUCGCGAAGCGCAAGAAUAAAUCACCCAAAAAUAGCAAUGCCGCCUCGAAAUCACAGGCUAAGGGCAGGAACGAAGUGAAAAACGUGAAAAAAGAGGAGGACGAUGAAGAUUUCGAGAAACCCUCUUCCAAGAAGGCGCCCAGAAAGGCCGACACUAAGGUUAAGGAGAUGAAGAAGAAGGCUAAGAAGGAAGAAGAGGAGGAGGAAGAAGAAGAAAAGCCGGAGAAAAUAACGAAGAAAAGAGGUAAAGCUGGUGAGAAUAAGACUGUUCAGAAAAGAGAGAGAAAGGUGUUUGAUUUACCAGGUCAAAAGAGGGAUACUCCUGAGGCUAGAGACCCAUUGAGGAUUUUCUACGAGUCACUUUACAAGCAAGUGCCUGAUAGUGAGAUGGCUGCUAUAUGGAUGAUGGAGUCCGGUUUGCUUCCAAAAGACGUGGCCAAAAAAGUCUUCGAUCGGAAAGUCAAAAAAGCAAAGGAGCAACGGCUAAGCUCACCCAUGAAAACUGUUGUUACCGUCAAGAAAAAAUCCGACUCCACCACUGUCGAGAAGAAGUCAGCAAAUUCUGCAGUUUCUACCACUCAGAAAAAAAAGACACCACCGUCCAAAGCAAAAUCUCAGCCAUCCAAAAAACGCAAGAGCAAGGAUGAUGAGUCAACAGAUGAGGAUACGGAUGAUGACUUUGUUGAUGAUACCAAAAGGUCGAAAAAGAGGAAGAUUUCUUAG